GUCCCAUAAUGAAACCAAGACAACAUCAUUUGAUUUUCCCGAAAGAUCAAGCAUGGCGGGCGAGACCAAGAGCUUGAGCGGCAUGCAGCGUCGUGCGGCUGGGUGAGUCACGGGUGGACGCAUAUGACAGCAGAAGGAUCUUUGUAGCUGACGUUGGAGUUAUUGUCUUCAGCAACCGCGCGCACAACCGCAUGGUGAUCCAGAAGCUGGUCGUUUUUUCGAUCCUAAUGGUAGUGGUCCCCUUGACCACGUUUUACGGUGUGCGCAGCUUAUUCAGGCCAGGAGCACCAUACGCGGAUGCAUGGGGUGGGUUUACGGCUGUGCUCUCAGUAAAUAUCGUGAUUGGACUCUACAUUUUGUCGGCAUGGAAGGAGGACGACGGAAAGGAGAUGACCCCACCAGUGGGGCGGUUCGCCAAGGCGAAGGAGCAAUAGUCGUAGCUAGUUAUCGUGUUUUUUUUUUUGUUUGGCAAAGAAUACAGCGUCACUCGAAAUGCAAAACCACACGAAAGCAAGCUGCGAUGUGAUGAUCAUUGCAAUAGAUUACAACAACGUUUCAGUCGUAUUCGCGUGGCAUCAAAGCAUCUACUGCGUAUUUUCAUUGCUGAAGCACUAGGCCA